CAAAAUGUGUGAUCAGUGAAAAGUUCAGUCUGGUUCAGACGGCCGUUACUACUAGUUAAAACUUCUACUAGUACUCUGGCUGCUACUACUACUCAUUUAUUAAAAAGUCAAACUUGUUAAUUUAUUUAUACGUUAAAUAAAAAAUCAUUUUUAUAUUAUUGUUAUUUUUUAUAUAUUAUUUAUUUAUUUUGUUAUUGUUAAUAAUUACAAUAAUUAUUAUUAUUGUCAUUUUUAUAUAUGAAAAACUCAAGUGUUUGUUAUUUUUAUUGACAUGAUAAAUAAUUUUUUUUUUUCCAAGUGAAAGUAUUUAAUACGUAAAGUAAUUUAGUGUUGUUAAUUAAUAUUUGAAAAAUCUUUUUUUUUUUUUUCAAGUGAUUUAAGUUUAAUUUUUAGUGUUUUUUAAAUAUUUUUUUUUUGUUGAUAAAUUUUUUUUAAUUACAAUGAAGAACGUUGGAGAACAAAAUUUUUCUUGGUUUGCAAUUUUUUUGGCAGCAUUUUAUUCAUUGCUUGCAAGCUGUCGAGGUGAUGAUUGUGGACAUGAACAUUUAGCAAUAUGUGCAAGACCACUUGGAAAAAUAACAAAUGAUAAUGAACUUGGUUUCGUCACAACAAAACGAGAAUUAGAAGCUCUCUGUCCAGACUUAGAAGCAGGCAUGACGUGCAUUAAACUAUAUACACUUCGCUGCAUGGAAGGAAAACAACGUGAAAAUUUUAAUUCACUUUAUAAAGGUGUUAACAUGGCGAUAAUUGAACUUUGUCAAGAAGGCCGUUAUCAAGAUGAUUUUUUAAAACAUGCACCAUGUAUGCAAAAAGUACAGCCAGACUAUGAAGUUUGUUCAAAAAAAUAUCAACAAACUGUAUUAAAUUUGGAAAAAAAAAAUCAUACUGCAGAGCCACUCAAGUCUAUUUGUUGGUAAGUAAAUUAACUCAUUAUUCAAAUAUAUUUUUUAAACAAUAUAAAAAGAUAAAUAAAUAAUAAACAAUGUCCUUCAUAAUAAAGUAAUUUAUCAUGCAAAUUUACUUAAUUAUUGAUAAUUAUAUUCAGCGAAUAAAAACAAGUUAUUUUUAUAAUUAAAUUCCAAUAACAAUAAAACGAAUAAAAACAAUAAUAAAUAAUCAUUUGAAUAAGCAAAUUAUUUAAUUCAACCUUGAUAUUUUUUAUAUUUUAUAUUCUAACACGUUAAAUUAAUUAUCAUAAAUAAAUAACAGAUAAAAAACAAAUGAACCAACAUCUAAUUUAAAUCGACUACUUCACCUUUUACUUGUUUAUACGAAUAUAUUAUUUUUCAUAUUAAAAAUUUAUAACAAUAAUUAAAUUAUUUCAAAUUUUCUAUUCGAAAUAAUAUCACGAAAAAAUUAAGCAACUAUUUCAAAUUUACGAAACUGUAUUUUUUUAAUGAAAAUCCAUAAAACUUAAUAAUGGAUUUUUUUUUUUUAUUAUAAACAAAAGUAUAUUUCAUAAAUUCUUUAAAUCUAUGUUUUUUUAUAUUUGUAAUGAAAUUUUUGUUUGUACAUUGUUUCUCUAGUGAGCCAUUGAAAUGUAAAAAAAAAAAAAUUUAAAGGUAUGCUAAAAGCGGAAUAGGCACUUGGGGAAAGUAUAUAGAAGAAAGGGAUGAUGAGAGUUUGUGUGUACAGAGGGAUGUAGAUAUAUAUAUGAACAGAGACAUUUUCCUUCGGGGAAACAAGUUCAAAAGCACCAGUAGACCAUUGCACAGAUAGGCUAAUGAUGUUACAUCCUGGACUGUAUCAUCGAGCUACAUACACAACCCUUACUCGACAAUUUAUUCCCACGGGAAGUUAAGAGAAAAUAUUACAAAGUAAUGGAUACAUACGUAAAUAUAUGUACACACAUGUUGAAAGUUUUAAAAUACUGGGUAGUUUAGCGAAUGAAAAUAAAAGAAAAAAAUUUAUCUAUAUAUUUGUUUUACGAAAUUUUAUAUUUGUUGUUUUAAAAGGGUCGCGAUUUGAUUGUUGUCUUUGUACAGAGAUACAUGUGAAAUGAUAAAAUUAUUAUCAAAAUAACAAUGAAAAAUACUUUUGAAUGUAAAAUUGAAUUUAAAAAAAAAAAACGAUAAUAAUAUUCAUUUUUAUUUAUUUAUUUUUAU